AUGGCUGGUCGUAUCCAAAGUGAAUUUGUCGGCGAUUAUGUCCCUUCACACGAACCAUACAAUAUAUUUGCCGAGAGCUACGUCGACGGGAAGAACACGGCGGUGGAUAGACCGACGGUGCUAGCCUCUAGGACAAAGAUAUUGUGUCAAAGCAUCUUACCAGAGAUCGAGAUUCUAGACAGCGAGGACGAGGAAAUACAGAGCGCUUUACUAGAGCCAAUGCAGCACCAGGAACCAAGAACCAUAAGCGAUGAUUCCACAGAGCCGUCUGUGGCUGAUGUUUUACACGAGUUUCGGAACCGAUACAUCAAAGAUUACCACACAAACUGUGUGAUCACCCGUUCCAAGCCCUUAAAUGGUGCCAUACGACUAUUAGAAAAGACGACGGUCAAGCUUCAGAAUAAAUUGUUUGUCAAGUUUUCCGAGGAGAUUGGUGAGGACCAUGGUGGACCAAGAAGAGAAUUUUUCCGAUUGGCAAUAGCAGAGCUUGGAGGUUCGAAAUUUUUUGAAGGACCAGAUGGAGCAAAGGUUUUCAGACAUGAUCUUCAACUUGUGGAAAAGGGGCAAUACAGGAUUGUGGGAAGGCUGUUGGCUAUGUCACUCGCUCAGGACGGACCAGGUUUUCACUGGUUGAAUAAGCAGCUUUUUGCAAUGAUGACGGGUCGUGAAGGGGAGACAACUGCUGCUGAUGAAAUCACGGACCCAAAUAUUAAGGAAUGUCUCGAAAUGUCAACAAAUAAGUUUUCUGACAAACACCUAUCGCAGUGUGUCAAGUACAUGACUGCGCUCUGA